AUGAGAAGAAGAAGACAGUUGUUUUCCAUUGUUGAGAGCUAUAAGGAGCAAUUAAAUGUGUUCUUGGCGGUCUUUCGCAAGGCUAAUGUCGUUAGUACUUGUGUCAUAGAUAAAUUAGUUUGGGAAAAUCUGCUCUCUCUGCCAGAGGAGUGGCAAAAUGCUCUUCGUAAACGACGAGACAAACAAAGUUUGACAGAUUCUUCUAGCCAAAUCACAGACAAAUUAUUCAACAUCGUAAGGCAUCUAGCUAAGACAACUCAGAGAAGUGCUGAUACAUUGGACAUAUUGUUAACAUCCUCUGACAAAGUUGAUAACACGAGAAACGAGCUGGAGCAUCAACAGCAAGUGAUAGUGCAAUCGGGAAAGCUCUUAGGAAAAUAUGAUAAAUGCGAAGUCACCGAUAAAGUAUUACUUGCACUGGCCUUCGCGUUCUUCCUCGCCUGUGUGUUUUACAUUUCACAAAAGAGACUGUUCUGA